AUGUCUGUUGAAGCUGUCACCGAGAAGCUAGCAGAAGUGUCUGUAUCUUCAUAUAUAUUAUCUCCGGGCUCAUCUACACCAGAAUUGGCCGAGGAAGACUCCAAAGUCAGCCAACUCUUAGAGCUUCUUGAUGAAUAUGAACAGUUGGCAAAUGAUUCCAUGCGUUUGAAUUACGUCAAAGGGUUCCAAGAUUUGAGCCGAGCAAACUACAAUGGAACAAAAAGACAUGGUGUGGACUCCUUUGACCUAAGACCGUAUCGCGCAUGUACCAUAGUGGCCAACGAUGGCGAGUUGGUCGUGAUCGAUCGUUUGGAAGCCCAGAACGAGAGAGAAAAGCAACGAAAGGUGAGUGAGAAGAAAGAUAGAGAUAAGAGGGCGAACGAAGAUGAAAUGAAGGAAGAUCAAAAUGAGAUUGUGAAAGGAGAACAGAUAACUUCAGGGGGGAAAGAACACAAACAGGUGGACGAUGGUAUCGUCGAGUCUACAUCUGUCAGCACAUCUACAGGUGAACUUCGAAACCGUAAAAGCAAAGUCAAGGAUACACAGAGUAAAGUGACGGUUGACUUCGAGUCCAAAGAAUCUUCCAAAGAUCCUACGAGAAAAACUCAGACUUACAAGAAUCCAAUUAACCAGUUUGGCGGGUUGGUUCCUUAUCAAUUGCGGACCGCGCAAGAUCACUUCAAGAGGGCUCUAGCCGAUUCUGUUAAGGUGAUAAAUCUACAGCAGAGAAUCCUUGCGCUUAUCGAGGAAAUAGAAACGUAA